AUGCCGUUCGGACGUCUCAAGACCAAGCAGGCAAAUGCUGUCCCUGCCUUCUCCCCAGCAUACUCCAAGGCUAGAGUCGAAUGGGCCGACAUCGACAUGAUCCUCAUCAGCUUCUACACUAAGGCUGAGGCUAUCGCAAAGUACGUACCAGAAGAGCUCGAGAUCGAAGAAGAACCUCUGGUCACCUACUUUAUCGCCAACUGGGGAUUUAGCAGCAUGGGCGCCUACACCGAGUUUGUCGGCUACGUCGAAAUCAAAUACAAGGGUGAAAAGUACGACUUCGCCCUGGAAUUGGUGCUGGAAAACGAGGCCGCGCUCUUCCUGGGUCGUGAGCAAUUCGGCAUGCCGAAAGUCAUUGGCCACGUUGAGUUUGACCGCAGAAACUGCAGCAGCAGUGAUGAAGGUGCACUUACCGCAUAUGUGGAGCGACCAGUGGGGCACAGGAGCAUUCAGUUCGCCUUCAAGGCUGAUGCGAGAGUCCACCGAGUCAAACCUCUUCCUCCACCAGAGAAACGGAUCCUCGUCCUGCGGAUCAUUCCCGGCGCUGGCGUCAGUGACGAUCCCGUCGUCCGCGAGUUUGUUUCGUUGCUCAUGCAGGUCACCGAAGGCGAGGUGUGGUCUGGAGUGGGGUCCAUCAAGCUUAACCCUGGGUCAGAGUUCGAUAUCGCGCCCAAUAUCCCGGUCAUUCGUUACAACAGCUCAGUCUUUAUCUCACAUGGAAGUGGGUAUGUUGAUGGCUUGGCCAGAACUCAUAAGUUAUAG